AUGGAGGGGGAGGGGGACCAGCAGCCGCUGUUGGCUGCUGGCGUCUCUGAAGCUGCGGGGACUUCAGGGGGGCCCCCAAUGGAGCGGGGGGCCCCCCGAGUAGGUGGGGCGAAGAGGAAAGAAAAUGAGGACUCUGAACAAGUGGCCCCCCUGCGCUACGCCGCUCCCCUGGGGGGCCCCAAGGGGGCCCUCCUUCGUUCUUUGCCGGUCCUUUUUGUUUUGUCUCUGGUGUUUGUUGUCGUUGGGGUGUACGUGGCUUACCACAUAGCCCCGCUGCUGCAGCAGCACGGCGCAGACAGACAGGCCUUCGGCAGAGGCUUGUCCGAAUUCAUUGUGUUUCUUUUCCUCUUCGCCGUUUUCAUCCUCUGCUUCGCUUUGAGCGUUUUCGUGCGCCCCGGAACUCCAAAUGAAACAGAUGAAGAUGCCCUGGAGACCCACACUGCGGCGGAGACGAAGAGCAGCGGCGGGCUGCGCGUGUGCAAGUGGUGCGGUGUAUGCAAACCCGACCGGACUCACCACUGCCGCGUCUGCCGCUGCUGCAUUUUGCGAAUGGACCACCACUGCCCCUGGCUGGCCAAUUGUGUUGGCUGGGGAAACCACAAGUACUUCAUGUUGCUGCUGCUGUACGGAACUCUCACUUGUUUGUUUGUGGGUGGGACGAUGAUCGAGUCCCUCGUCAGAGUCGUCGGAGAACCCAAGACGGACUUCGGGGAGCUGUUUGCCCUGCUGUUGGGCUCAAUUCUGGACUUGUUUCUCUUUGCUGUUCUAUUCCUGUUCGGCUUAUUUCAUCUUUACCUCUUAGCCAAGGGGAUGACUACAAUCGAGUUCUGCGAAAAGAGGCUUAGAAGGACCGAUGCACAGCCUCCAGCUGAUAUCUGGAACCUGGGAUUCUGGCGAAAUUUCAACGAGGUAUUCGGGUACAACCCCCUCCUGUGGUUCCUCCCCAUUGACAAUCGUCGCGGCGACGGGAAACACUUCCUCAUUUCGCGAUCUGCUUCAAAUGCGGCAGCUCGCCAAUGA